AUGAUAAAUAAUGGAAAGAUAUCAAGAAAAAAGUUUCCACUAUAUAAUAUCAGAAAACUUUUCUUAGGAAGGAAACUUUUUAUGAAUAAGUUCAAAAGAUCUUUUUGUAUUCAAGAAGGUGAAUUAAUAAUAAAAACAAAAACAAAAAUAAAAAUAAAAAACAACAAAAGUGAUAUUAAAAAAAUGAAAUAUAAAUUAACAAAAUUAUGUGGUCGUAAAAAAUAUAAUGAAAAAGUUAAGAAAAUUACAUUAUGUAGUAAAAGGAAAACAAUAAAACAUAAAAAAAAAAAUACUAUACUAAUUAACAAAGGAUUACAAAAUGAUAAAAUUAUUAACACUGAAAUGAGUAAUAAUAAUAAUAGUAAUAAUAAUCAUGAUUAUAAUAAAAAUGAAAAAGAAAAAUGUAAAUAUAGCAUUUGUAACAAGAAGAAUACUAAUGAUAAGGAAUCCAAUACAAAUCAUAUUAUUUUAAAUAAUAAGAACAACGCUAUUGAGGAUGUAUCUAAAAUUAACAACAUAUGUAAUGAAAUAUUCAGAAUACAAUAUACAACAGAUGCGUUAGAUAAAAAGAACACAGAAAAUUAUAGUUCUGUAGUUGAAAAUAAUAUAUUAGAAAAUCCAAGUAAUCAAGAAUAUAAAAACCAAGUAACAUAUAUUAAAAGUUAUAAAAACAAAAAAGAAUUAAUGCCAUAUGUUGUUAAUAAAGAAUUUGGGAUAUUCUUUGCUUCGAGGUUUAUUGACAUAAAAUAUGCUAUUGAUAAUUGUAAUGCUUCUUUUCAAAAUAUUUUUACGAAUUUAUUUAACGAAUAUAUGUUUUUAAAAAAAUAUAUGAACCGUAAUUAUUACGCAUAUCAUAAAUUGAAAUUCUUUUUUAGUUGCAUACAUUUUAUUAAAAAGUUAAGAUAUCUUCUGUCUAUAUUUUAUGAUGUGAUAUAUAAGAAGGAUGAGCAUUUAAUGCUAGAUUUAUAUAGAGAAAUAAAAAACAGCGUAAGAUUGCUAUAUUAUGUGGGGAGAAUGUUAUCAAAUUAUUUUACCUGUAUAGCUUAUGCAAAAAUGAUAUAUAUUAUUAUUCUUUGUAUAGCAAGGGUUCAUACUAUAUUAAAUUGUAUUCUUAUGUCAGAACCUUUUAAAAGUGUCAUACCAAAAAUGUUGAGUACAUUGUAUCAGCUAAAAACAUAA